AUGGAACACUGGAGUCUUUCCAUGCUUUUCCCCGAAACGGCGAUGAUCCUCCCAAGCUCCCUGAUUCGCGCGAUCCGGGUCGAGAACUUCUCCCUUUCUCUUGAUUCCACCUGUCAUCAACCCUCGACUCGUGCAAUUCUCGCCUGUCCGCCCACACAAACCUCAAGCUCUCCGAUCGAUCCUGCUCAGCAGCAGCGCACACAACAGAACUACUCGGAAAUCGCUGCUCGCCCUUCACAGCCUCCGUUGCAGCAUUCGCAUGGCUCUCCCGAACAAUCCUCGCCCUACGCUCCUCCUCAAUCGCCUUACCAACAGUUCAAGGGCGCCCCCGCGCCUCCACCAUUGAAUACAGGAGCGCGAUCUCAGCGGAGUCAAAGCCCUCCUCAGGUAAUGACUCCAUAUGGACCCGGUGCGCGUGACCCAUACGGCGCGUCGGCGUACAAUUCGCAUCCACAGCCCCCCGCUGGCCCCUUGGCCUCACCGUACACACCGCAACCUACGAGUGCGGGUCCUCAUCAUCCCGAACAGGGUUCAUACUUUGCACAGCAGAGAUCCCACUCGUUACAAUCGGUCAUGACGAAUCCGCACGCCCCGGGGGAGACGUUCCGUCCACGAGACAGCCCUCCCACCGCCACGCAGCCUCUUCCACCCCAUCACUUUUCUCCUCCUUCCCAUCGUCCUGCUCCGGAGACACCUCUGGGACCCCCCGCCGCAUUUGCCUCUCGCCAAUCCCCUUCUGCGCGUCCGCUAUCCUCCGGCCACGAAUCUGCGCGCAAUUUUCUGUCCAGCCCUCAACCAAUGCAAGACACACCUAUGCGAGACUCAGCCAAUACGCAGUCACCUUCUCUUUCCCGGAACUUCUCACCCAGCUCUAGACCCUCUGAAUCUACUCCUCAACCUCACUCGGCCGGCCUGAAACACGAGUUUAUGGAAAAAUCAAGUCCCGGGACCUCUAGACAGAACAGCAUCGCCGGUACAUCUGAAAUAUCCGGAGCUCCAAUGCGCUCAUCAGAGGAUAGAAGAUUGAAUGAAAGCCCAACGGCAUCCUUUCCAUCGGGACCAGGGGCGGAAACACGUGUCUCGCCCUGGAUCCCACCCCUGAAGACGGUGAAGAUGGAGGUUGACCACGACCCAAUGUCUCGAGUUGAGAGCCACCCGUCAGUCGAUAGUCAGCCACCAAAAGCGAAGAGGAGACGAUACAAUGAGCCCCCAAUCUAUGCCCAGCGGUCGGUCCGUACCAAAGGCAAAUGUCCUGUUAUUCCCAACCCACAACCUCCUGUUCCAAAACAUUUACGCCACUCAAGCCAGGAGCCUUGGGCCGCUCGCAGGCGAUCUUCCACAAAUGCGUCCGCAGUGACCACUGCGACUUCGCAUAAUGUACGCACACCGGGCUCUGUUCCGCCGAGUGUGAAUGGUCCUCCACUGCAGGCUACACCGGUAGCGGCACCAGCGCCUGCGCCUGCGCUUGCACCUCAGGCGUCUGCACGUCCCGUGGGAUCACUAGGACCCUGGGAGCCCUCAAUUACCGGACUCAUUCCAUUCGAGGAGAUCACGAAAUCCCUCUGUGAUUUCCUUUUCAAGCAUGUCGUCAUGAGAAACGACGUAGCUGUUGGAGGAGCAGGCUCAGUUGCUACCGGACAAGGAACAAUCAUCGAGGUAGAGGCGAAGCUAGGUCAUGUCAUUGACCAGGAUCGUCGAGAAAGACUGCGCUUGCCUGUCCUCACCGAGAGCGUCAUCAAUCGCGAUUCCGGAUUCCGCACAGCGUUUGAGAGCAGCAUGACAGUCGAGCAACACCGCGCCAUGAACAACUUUCUAAACGAGACCGUUCGACAUUCUAUGCCGGCCGCCGACCCGAAUCGCAUCCCGCUCACGUACGCCCACAAAAAGGAGCGUGAUACCUUCUACGAAGUCGAUCCCAACGAACUUCCCCCAGUGAUUCGUCAAAAUCUCAACCCUCGCCACAAACCCAAGGUCCGUGUGACAACGGACCAACGAACCGGCGAAGUGAUCGCCAAAAUUAUCAAAUGCCGUGUUGCCGACAUCGACGUGUACAGUCCCCGUACAACAGUUGACUGGCGCGUAUCCGUCAAUCUAGAAAUGGAAUACGAAGGAGAUCACACCCACCUCCCGAUGGUAGACGCGUCCAAGGGCGGUCGCGGCGAACGGAACAAAGACCGUAUGAGUUACCGACACUUAGCCUACCAGAUCGAUCUGACACAGGUAGCCAGGGCCGAGCCUGCAACGAAAAACGAAUUCGAGCACGAGCUCGAGAUCGAAGUCUCAGCUGCUGAAAUUCGUCGACAAGGGACUCUGGCUAUGGCCGGUGACCCAUCGAACCAAUACGAGGAAUUGGUGAAGGGCUUUGUGGACAAUAUUCGAAUCCUGGCGCGAGCAGUGCCGCCUUGA